AAAAGUUUCAAACAUGGAAAAUUUCCUCUAUGUGACACUAUUACUUGUCCUAUUCUCAAACAUCUCAGUUUCAACAAAUGUAAACUUUCAUCUUUCUCUCAAUUACACAUCCAUUUUGCAAGCCAGAAAAAAUUUCAUGUCUCUUGAUACCUCCAAUCUUUCUUAUCAUUCACCAUAUUCUUACAGUCUUCCCAUUUACCAUCGCGAUGUAUUUGAAAAAUCAGACUUCAAGGAUUAUGACUCAUUACUCGAUGCUCGUCUUGCUCGAUGCAUAGAGAGAUCAGCGAAUUUAUUUUCAUAUGAUCAAAAUUCUACUAGUAGUAGACAUUUUGCACAAGUUAACCCUAUAAAAACAGUAAUCUAUCCUUUACAUGGUGAAGUUGUAGUCCCCCUUUGGAUUGGCUCUAAAUUACGACGUGAACUUUUACUUGUUGAUACUGGAAGUCGUCACGUUUGGUGGCAAUGUGGUCCAUGUGAACCAAAAAAAUGUUACAAACAAAGGAACGAUGAAUUAUAUUAUUCAACUGAAUCCACUACUUUUGAACAAAUUAAUUGUGUCAAAGAGAGUGCAAGUUGUGUCGAGGGACGUAGUAGAGUUCAUUGCUCUAAAGAAGAAACAAAAUGUUUUUAUGAAGUAAGAUAUGGAUAUCAUGGAAGUACAAUUACUUCUGGAUUUAUGGCUUAUGAAAUCAUAACAUUUUCUAAUAUACUAGAUUAUGCAAGAAUUAUAUUUGGUUGUGGAAAAAAUCAAUUUAAGGGGGAUACAAAAUUCCCAAGAUUAUUUAGUGGAAUUGCUGGUGUUGGUGGUGGUUUAUAUACAAAUGGAUUUGAGACAUAUUCAUUACCAUCACAAGUUGGUGCAAUUGUAUUUGCUUUUUGCAUUCCUACUCCAACCUCAGGGAAGUCCUCUACACUUACUUUUCACGAAACUCCAUGGAAAACAGGUCAGAACGACAAGUUUCCUUCAUUUUACUACAUAUCGAACUUGGAAAAAAUUAUGAUUAAUAAUAGGGAAGUUCCAAUUGAUCCAUCUCAUUGGGAUUUGGGCCCAGAUAAAUAUGGUGGCAUAUUUGUUGAUACAGGAGCCUAUGUUACCUCAUUUCCUGAUGAUGUUUAUGUCAAAUUUAGGGACAUAUUUAUGUCACAAGUUAAAAAUAUGCAAUUGGAUCCAAGUUCACCAACUUCAUUUGAUACUUGUUAUAUGGCUGGUGAAUUUGUUAAUUGGGACAAUUUUCCAGUUGUGAAGUUUUACUUUAAAGGUAGUGUAAUACCUCUUGUAGUGAAACAACAACAAGUGAUGAUACUAUAUAGGAAAAAAUAUUGUUUGGGGUUUCAAAGUUCAGGUCGUAAGAGGUCUGUAAUAGGUGCUAAUAUGUUACAAACUUUAGGAUUGACAUUUGAUCUUGAAAUGUGGAAGUUGACUUUUUCCCCAGAUGCUUGUGAAUGA